GAGGCAGGCUGAGAGUUUAGAAAAGUGAGAUGAGAGGCAAGUUCAGUGAGAGAGCUGGAGAGUACACCAAGGAUUGCUUUGAAAGGGAUGGCUCACGAUUCUGACAGCAGUGACAGCAGCUACAGCAGGUACCAGCCUAACAAUGGCAAACAGGAAAACUUUGAAGAAACAAAGAAGGUCUUGCGAAGGGAGAAGAAUCGUCUUGCUGCUCAGAAGAGUAGGCAGAGACAGACCCUGAAAGCAGAUACACUACACCAGGAAAGCGAAUAUUUAGAGAAAGAAAACGCUGCCCUAAGGAAGGAGAUUAAACAGCUGAAUGAAGAGCUGAAAUAUUUCAGCAGUGUGUUGAAAAGUCAUGAGGGCCUGUGUUCAAUGAUGGUGUCCCCAAGUGAUGAGCUGGUUUAUCAGAGUCACUCUUUUCAGCAGACGCACAGCAACACUUCAGCGCGGCUUCACCUGUGAGUCUGACAGAAAGGACACUUGGAAUUAGCUGUGAACAUAAUAAGCCGAGGUGAGACCUGACACAAACUGACACUCCUGGUUUCACCUUGCCUCAAGGAGCCUCAUACACAUACACACACAUGCUGAGUCAGUGCCAGUCUCACUGAACUCUCACUCCGCACACUGCCACUUGGUUGAGAGAGAGAGAGAGAGAGAGAUCUUUGCUCCAGCCUGACUCCAAGGUAGGGCAGCUUCCUGUGCACCUGGACAUUUACAUAGGAUCAUCAAAAUCCUCUGACACAGAGCGUGUGGCUGAGACACAGUCACAAGAGAUUCACUGAUAUAAGCUGCUGAACUCUCUGACCAAAUCAUCACAGUCCCACAGAGAACCUGACCAACUGUGGGAGAUCAAUCUCAGGAGCAAGACUCUCUCAGUCACUGUAAGGAAAUCAAGUUCAUCCAGCUCGUUUGGAAUGGAAUAGACAUUUUAUAUCAAUUUUACAUGUGUUGAAAAGUCCUGAAUGAUGAAUUUUUUUUUGUAUGGACAGAGUUUCACAUACUUAAUAAGCAGAGGCAAUGAGACACCGAGACAACAAAGUGUGGAGCUGCAUGAACACAGCAGGUCAAGCAGCAUCUCUAAGCAGGCUGUGGGGAGAGAUGGCAUGAGGGUGGGAUCUCGUCAUUGAGCCAUCCCAUUUCAUGUUUUCUGGUUUCACUGAGACACCUGACCCCAAGGUGGACUGGGAUCUGAUUGGCAGCUCAUCUGUCUCUGAGCCAUCAUGGACAGCUCUGGGAAUCAGGGGCCUGGGGUGGACAAAGGAAAGUCCUCCCUGACCCAGGGGCUUUCCUAUCACAGGCCUAAGGCCAUGCCUACUCCAUCUGGGAGGGUUUCUGCGACUGUCCUCUCCAGCACUGACAGCCAUCCCCUGGAGGUUUCACUCCAUUCCCAUUGGCUCUGGACAUGAGUCAGUGUUUGGGGAAUUUUAAUAUUUAAGUUGCUGACCCUGGCCUCACAGUCCUUUCUAGUCUCACACCUGCACCCCCUCCCCACCCCCAUCCCCACAUAGUCUGGGUUGGCCUUGUUGUGUUGGAGUCAGACCGGUUGUAGCUAACUGUAAGGCCCUCAGAUACCUGAAACUAACUGCGUGUCACCUUAAACCUCUGACUCGUAGAGGUACUGGUAUCGGUCUGGGGUGGGCAAAGUCAGGAAUCACAUGACACCAGGUUAUAGUCCA